AUGCCAAGACUAAAUGCAACCAUCUAUACUGAUUCAUCUGUUAUAUCAGUAGCUACGAUAGCUAUGCAGAAUAUCGAUUCAAAUGGAAAUUCAAUUAAAUAUUUUCAACAUUUACUUAAACGUUUCGGUGUUGUUUAUAUGGCAAUUGUUAUCAUUUUUGGUUUUAUUGGUAAUUCUAUAUCAUGUUAUGUUUUUGUUCGAAGUAAAUUAAGACGUUUAAGUUGUAGUUUAUAUUUAACUGCUCUUUCUAUAUCUGACAAUGGUUAUCUACUAUGUUUGGGACUUAUUUGGCUUGAAAAUAUACAUGUUUUUAUAUUUCAUAAUAAUGGAAUUUGUCAAUUCACUGUAUAUUUAACGACAGUUUUUAGUUCGUUAUCAGUAUGGUUUACUGUUGCAUUUACUACUGAACGUUUUGUUGUUGUUGCUUAUCCAUUAAAACGUUCACAAUAUAAUUCAUCAACACGUGCUCGUUAUGCCGUUGUUCUAUUGACAUUACUAGCUUUAUUACUUUAUUCUCCAGCAUUAUGGACAUCGGGUAUUGAAAUAACGAAUUCAGAACGAUCAACAUUACCUCCAUAUGAAACACGUUGUGUUACAUUACGUCCUUGGCUACGUUUUACUCGUCAAAUGAAUAUAAUAGAUUUUUUUCUAACAUUUAUCAUUCCUUUUUUAACUAUUGUUACAUUUAAUUCAUUAAUUAUACUUAAAUCAGGUCAAUAUGAUCGUUUAUUAGAACGUAAUUAUGUUCAACCUUCAACAUAUAUCUUACAUAAUUUAUUAGAACAUCGUUUACGACGUUCAAAAUAUCAUCGACGUAUAACAAAAAUGUUAUUGAUUAUUUCAACAACAUUUUUAUUAUUAAAUACUCCAAUGCAUCUAUUAAAAGUUUAUUAUUUUUUCUUUUCAAAUGAUGAUACAUAUGAUGAAAAAUCUUCAUACGAAUCAAUUAUUGAAAUGUUAACAUUUUAUUUAUUUUAUACAAAUUUUUCAAUAAAUUUUUUUCUUUAUUCAUUAUGUGGAAAAAAUUUUCGUUCAUGUCUUAUGGAUUUAAUAAAACAUUUUGGUCGAUCAAAACAAACGAAUAUUUUCUUAUCAAAUGGUUUAAUUAUUGCACGAAAUGCUGGUAUUGGUGGAGAUAAUCCUGUUGUUCAAUAUUAUCAACAUUCACAUCAUAUAGAUCAUCAUAGAAAAUUUUCAAAACGUGAAAAUAGUAGUACAGCUAGUAGUAGUGGAAUCAAAGGUAAUCCACUUUUAUCAACAUUUCAUGCAGCUGCAACUGGUACAAGUCAACAUCAACUAACAUCGGAUUUAUCAUUUAAAAAAACUCCAUUAAAAAUUGAAUUAUUAACAAAUGGACCAACGCCAACGGUUGUUAAAUUCUAUCCAACAUUUACAAUAAAGUGA